AUGGAGUCCCUGAGUGUGCUGCUGCUGCACCCCGUGAACGCCUACCUGGAGCAGGAGCUCGACCGCCGCUUCCGCCUCAUCCGUCUUUGGGACUCCCCUCCCGACGGCCGCGCCGAGUUCCUCCGCGCCAACGCGUCCGCCAUCCGCGCCGUCGUUGCCUACCCCGGCUACAGCGCCCUCGCCGCGCUCAUCGACGCGCUGCCGUCGCUCGAGAUCGUGGCGUCCUUCUCCGUCGGGAUCGACCACGUCGACCUCCCCAAGUGCCGCGAGCGCGGGAUCCGCGUCACCAACACCCCCGACGUCCUCACCGACGACGUCGCCGAUCUCGCCGUCGGCCUCGCCAUCGCCGCGCUACGGAGGAUCCCGCAGGCCGACCGCUUCGUGCGCGCCGGCCUAUGGAAGGCCAAGGGAGACUACGCACUCACCACGCGAUUCAGUGGCAAAAGAGUGGGCAUUAUUGGGCUGGGCAGAAUAGGGCUUGCUAUUGCCACUCGAGUGGAGGCCUUUGAUUGCCCAGUUAACUACUACCAGAGAACAAAGAAGGACUACCCCAAUUACACCUAUUACCCUUCUGUAGUUGAAUUGGCAGCAAACAGCGACAUCCUCGUGGUGGCUUGCCUAUUGAGUGAACAGACCCGCCACAUUGUCAACCGUGAGGUGAUGGAGGCACUCGGACCCAAGGGCGUGCUCAUAAACAUCGGGCGCGGCCCUCAUGUUGACGAGCCUGAGCUUGUCUCUGCGCUCGUUGAGGGGCGCCUUGGCGGGGCAGGCCUCGAUGUGUUUGAAGAUGAGCCCGAUGUGCCUGAGUCGCUCUUCACGCUUGACAAUGUUGUCCUGGUACCACACAUGGGGAGCGGGACACACGAGACGCGCAAGGCGAUGGCGGACCUGGUUCUCGGUAACCUGGAGGCGCAUGUUCUGAAGAAACCGCUGCUGACUCCUGUUAUCUGA